AUGCCGGGGAUGCGGCGCUCGGCCCCCGGAGCGAGGCGUUCGGCCGGCUCGGCCCGAGGAGGACCGCUCGCUGCCCACCCGCGAGGGGCCCCUCCGAGCGCGGGCCCGGGGCUCGGGCGGGGGCAGCUCCUCGCCGCGGGGCCGAAGCUGCCUUCCGAGAGCGCGGCGGCUGUCACGUUGCGGGCCCCGACCCGGAGAAACACGCCUGUCCGAGCAAGAGACGUGGACGGACUCGGGCAAGGGGAGCCGGGCUCGGAGUCGGCGGGAGGAAGCCCCGCCCUGCGCCUCCCGCCGAACUUCUCGGCCCCGGCGCCGGGCGCUGACUCAGUCCCGAGCGAGCCCGGCGCCGCCAGCCGCCCCGGACCGGGCGCCCCGGGCCCCUUCCCCCCUUGGGCGCGAUCGGGUGCCCUCAUCACACUUAAUGUAUGCACAGUUCUAAUACGACUGCAAGCAGUAAUACCCGUGAACAAGAUGACGGCCGUCUCCUCAGAGCCUCACACUCUGGCUUCAGAUGAACAAAACAAGGACCUGAGAAUGGAUACACCUGGGGAGGAAGACGCUGUCCUGGGAGGAAACACUCCUGACCCGGAGUCUCUCAGACAGAGGUUCCGGUGGUUUUGUUACUCAGAAGAGGCUGGACCCAGAAAAGCCCUGAAUCGGCUCUGGGAGCUCUGCCUUCAGUGGCUGAGGCCAGACAUCCACACGAAAGAACAGAUUUUAGAGCUUUUGGUGUUUGAGCAAUUCCUGUCCAUUUUGCCCGGGGAGAUCAGGAUUUGGGUAAAAUCACAACGUCCUGAGAAUAGUGAGAAAGUGGUGACCUUAAUAGAGGAUUUGACCCAAACGCUUGAAGGAAAGGAAGUUUCUCAAGAUUCUGUUAUUUCCCAAGAGGAGAACCUUAAAGAAGAUACAACGGUUUCUGUCCUUCCAAAUACUGAGUCCGGGGAACCCAUGACAUUCAAGGAUAUAGCUGUGAAUUUUUCCAGAGGAGAGUGGAAGAAGCUGGAACCUUUUCAAAAGGAGAUCUAUAAGGAAGUGCUACUGGAGACCUGUAGGCACCUAGAAUUUCUGGGCUUUCCAGUUACCAAAUUAGAUGUGAUUUCCCAGCUACCGUGGGUUGAACCAGGGCUUCUGGAAAAAGAAGUCCCAAAAGGCUCCAUACCAGAGUGUGAACCUAGAGGUGAAUUGGAGAAAUCUGUUCAAAAUCAAGAUGUUCUUAUGGACGAAUCGACUUUAGAAAAAACAAUAGAUAGCUACUUCAUGUGUGGUGAUUAUGGCUUGAUGGGAGAAUCCUCCAAACGCGGCAGAUUAGAGAAGGGCCGUAGCAAUAAGGAAUGUUCGAAAGUAGCAGGCACACAAAAGAAAACUCAUGGGAGAGGCAGUAAGGGUGAGGAAUUUGACUCAGAAAAGGGCCCCUCUGCAAGUAAUGCCAAGGAAACUUCGGAUUUAGUUAAGCAUCUGAGAGUCUACUUACGGAAGAAAUCUCGGAAGUAUAAUGAAUGCAAGAAACGCUUUAGUUUUCAUUCAGACCUUGUUAUGAACCGCAAAGAGCACACUGGAGAGAAGCCACGGAAACGUAAGGAAGGCAGGAAAGUCUUAAGUCACUCUUCAUCUCUUACUAAACAUCAGAAACAUCCGAAAAUUUAUAUGGGUACCAAGCCCCAGAAGUGCAGUAACUGUGGGAUAGACUUCACUCAAAGCUUAUCCCUUGUUAAGAGACGAAAAACCCCUAUAUGUGAGAAAUGUCGGAAAAGUAAAUAUCAGGAUACAACCUCGAAUAAAGAUGAGGGAACAGAGACUGGAGAAAAAUCCCCUAAAUGUAGCAGAUGUGGAAAAUCCUUUGAUUAUAGUACCACAUUGAGCAAACAGCAGAAACUUUACCUUGGUGGAAAACCCUCUAUGUGCUAUGAUUGUGGGAAAGCUUUCAGUAAGAGUGUAUCCUUCACACCCCGUCGUAGAGCUCAUAGUGGAGAGAAACCCUUCAAAUGUGAUGAUUGUGGAAAAGGUUUCACCCUAACUGCCCACCUCAUUAAACAUCAGCGAAUUCAUACUGGAGAAAAACCCUAUAAAUGUAAAGAAUGUGGGAGACCCUUUAGUGACAAUUCAUCUCUUAUUCAACAUCAGCGAAUUCAUACUGGAGAAAAACCCUAUACAUGUAAUGACUGUGGCAAAUCCUUUAGUCAUAGCUCAUCCCUUUCCAAGCAUCAGAGAAUUCAUACUGGAGAGAAACCCUAUAAAUGUACUGAAUGUGGAAAAGCCUUUAGACAGAAUUCUUGCCUUACCCGACAUCAGAGAAUUCAUACUGGAGAAAAACCAUACCUGUGUAAUGAUUGUGGAAUGACUUUCAGCCAUUUUACAUCUGUAAUUUAUCAUCAGCGACUUCAUUCAGGAGAAAAACCCUACAAAUGUAGUCAGUGUGAGAAAGCCUUCCCUACCCAUUCUCUCCUUAGUCGUCAUCAGCGAAUUCAUACUGGUGUGAAACCUUAUAAAUGUAAAGAAUGUGGAAAAUCCUUCAGUCAGAGCUCAUCACUUAAUGAACAUUAUCGCACUCAUACUGGAGAGAAACCCUAUGAAUGUGACUAUUGUGGAGCAACCUUUAGUAGAAGCUCAAUCCUUGUAGAGCACCUAAAAAUUCAUACUGGAAGGAAAGAAUAUGAAUGUAAGGAAUGUAAGAAGACAUUCAAAAGUAAUUCAGGCCUCAUCAGACAUCGGGGAUUUCACUCUGGAGAGUAAUUCUUGAACUAUAGCAAGGUGGGAGGAAAGUUAAUCAAAACUGUUCCUUAUUAGAAAUCUGGAUAUAAAUUGCCACCACAUUGAUUAGUAGCUGCAACUUUGAUGGGUUGGCAGCUAGGAAAAAUAGACUUUCCCCCAUUCAUCCUUCUUUGUAAGAAUGUUAAUUUUUGGGAGAUAGUAGUUAGGGCUGGAAAAGUCAUGUGGAAAGUGAAAAUAGUACGAGAUGUGAAAUUAUUGUAAAAGGUCAAAUAUGAAUUUAAAUAGCAGGGGAGGGGGUACCCAGAACCUACCUUUUUAACCAUUUCAGAAGAUUUCCCUCUCUUCUGCUUUCCCCCUCCACUCCCAUGUAGUGUAAUAGAAAACUUGGUUGGAGUCAGAUAACCUGGGUUCUGUCCCAGUUUCCAACCAAUCUACUAUAUAACCUUUCUGAAUUUGUUUUUGAACUGAUGGAAUGAAGGGUUGGAACUAAUAAUUUCUAAGUUGGGGUUGUUGUUUUUUGUACCUUAAAUUUUCUGAAGCUGUAGACAUAAGUUAAAAUUAUUUAUUUAUUUAUUUUGUUAAUCCUCACCCGAGGAUAUUUUUCCAUUGAUUUUUAGGGAGAGUGGAAGAGAGAGGGAAAAACAGAGAGAAACAUCGAUGUGAGAGAAACACAUCAACUGGUUGCCUCCUGCAUGUGCCCUGACCAGGGCUCAGGCCGUGGAGGAGCCUGCAACCUAAGUACGUGCUCUUGAUGGGAAUUGAACCCAGAACCCUUUGGUCCGCAGACCAACACUCUAUCCACUGAGCCAUACCAGCUAGGGCAUAAGUUAAAUGUUUUUGAUUCAUUGGAAUUUUCAAGUUUCUGUCGUAGAAAAUGAUUUAGGAUACUAAACUUCUGGCAGUGAGAAUAUAGUACCCUUUUUGAAUACGGGAUGCCUUGAAUACUUGAUGCUAGAACACUGUAAACAGGAACAAGUCAGUGAAGCUGAAACAAGGUUGCCUUCAGGGAAUGUUUUAAUUGAACAAAACACCUAACUUGUUUUUCCUUUGAGCAUUGGCUGAGAGGAUUGGGGUCUAGGGACAUGCACCUGAGCCAUCUCAGACAUGAGAGUUACAGUCUUAGGAAAAUAGAUUGGGGGUGGUGAGGGUGAGAGGAAACGGGUGCUGGAAACAGCUAUUCUGAACGGGUUGCCUUUUGCAAAAUAGUUUUAUUUUUUUAAUUUUUGCCUGUACUGAGUACAGCUUCCUGUCAGUAGAGUAUAAAUAUUCUGUAUGGCAAAGGUCACAAGCUAAAGUUGGGCCCUUGAGAUGUCAUAGUUGGUCUGCAUGGUAAGCGCGCGUGUGUGUGUGUGUGUGUGUGUGUGUGUGUGUGAUUAGUUGCCAUCAUUAUUUAAAAUAGGAAAUUUCAUACUUAAAAAGGCUAGUCUUGAAGAAUGUAAGGGAUGACAACACUAAGGCCUUAUUUCAUAAGAAAGGUUGGUUGGGGCAGCCGCUUCCACCUUUAGAUAGGGAAUCUAUUCUUCUACUUGCCAAGUUCUCUCAGUCAUGCAACCUGACUUGCCCACAGUAGGAAUUUGAUAUUCCGAUUUCCUACCAUUUGGAGAAUACAUAUUCUAUCAUCGAAAGAGACUCCAUUGAUAGUAAAUAAAAUUGAGGAAAGGAAUGUAGAAAUUAUAACAAAUUUUCACUUAAGUUUUCUGUUGUGAAAUUAGACCUGAAAGGAAUGAAGAAUACAGAUAUUAGUGGAUUAUUCCUUACUAAUUUCAUUGGUGGAGUCUGAAUAAUAGUUCCUAACUUAGCCAGUUAACUACCAUGUGUCCAAAACGGAAACCAUCCCCACAUGCCACGAUGUUUUAAAUUUAAUUUAAAGAAUAAAUUUGCAAUGAAUAUUAUAAAAAUAAAUAUGUUACUCACAAUUCGGGUGUUCUUGAAUAUUUUCAGGUGAAAAUUCUCACAAAAAAUGAUUUUAAAGUUGGUCAGGGCUGCCACUUAGGGAAAACAUUUUUUUCUUUUUUUUUUUAUAGACGUAGGUGGCGUGUAGGGGAAGGUCCACCACUUGUGUCUACAGAUGCUUGUGGCGUACAAUGGGUUAACCGGGAAAUAAAAACCCUAAGUCGGUUAGAUUUGGGUCUCAGGUCAUAAGGUUCUAGAGGAGCCCCACUGACUCAACAGUGGUGCAGAGCUGCUAAAGUUGAAAUUGGAGGCAGUGUGUAUAAAAACAGAGCUAAAGCAAAAAACUUUCAAUUUAUCAAAGCAAAGAGAUCCACAUGAUCAUCUGAGAUGCAGCAGUAUUUGCUGUGAUUUAGUGGGUUUAGGUGUGCAUUGCUACCUCUGGAUAAUGUUUGGUUUCUUCCUUGUGCCCUCCCCCAAAGCUUGUAGUUCAGAUACUGCUGUGUGAUAAAUUGAUCUGCAUACUUAUUGCUAAAGAGACCAACCAGUGACAUUUAGCCCUAAAGGACUAUGGCUUAUGAGCAUCAUUUACCUGGUUUAGGGUGGUUGGGUUUUUGUUUGUUUGUUUGUU